AGCCAUGCUUUUUCUCACCCGAUGCCCACAGUUUUGAUGCAGUGACAAACGCAAACCCCCGGCCCCUAGACUUAACCUCGACCCCCAGGUCGAAUUUCUUCCAGUUCCAGUGCUCUCUUCCCCGGGCAGAAAGCCGAUUCCUGGAGAAGAGAAAAACGGCCUUUCCCCCCACAAGAAUCCCUUGAAAUCCAAGUGGUUUAAACAAAAUAAAAUUGGUGCCAGUGAAGUGAGUUUGUCGACGUGAUACUUCUUUGUGCUUGUGUAUGCGGAUUUUUGAGUGAAUUUUACAUCAAAUGGAUAUUAACGUCAUGCAUCUACCUAAAUUAAGAAGAAAGACAUUCGUCCUACAACUUUUGUGAUGUGGGAAGUGGGUUGAACAGCGCCUAAGAUGGACCACAGCGUGAAGGCGAUGGACUCUCACCGGAAGCUGGUCUUCUCUAGGCUGGUCGACCGGCAGAGAUUCGAAAACGACGAGCUCGAGGCCCUCUACCAGCGCUACAUCUUCAAACUCCAGCACAGCUCGGUCACGUCUGUCGUCUGCCUUUUCCUCAUCCUCACAGCCCUCCUCGCCAACAUCAGCUUCGUCUACACGAGGACCCUGACAGCCCAGAACAUAUACCACAUACUACAUUGCCUUCUCUUCUUGUUCCUACUCGUCUUCCUUAGCACAAGGUACAUGCAAGACACGUACUUGCUUUGGGUGUGCUACGUCAUUCUGUUUUUCUGCGGCACCUUCGUCGUCGUCGGCCUCCCACUGGGGCCGCAAACGGGCCUAAAGCUCGAAAGCCGCAGAGUAUUCCCGGAAGGGGUUUGGCAGAUCCUCUUCGUCCUCUUCAUAGCGUAUGCUAUGAUGCCUCUCAAAACGUGGGUUGCGGCACUUUUCGGACUAGCACUUCCGCUCGUACACCUCGCUGUGAGCGCCGCCUUCGUCGAUCAGUUUCACCAUCUCCUCUGGCAACAGGUCGUUGCAAACUUGAUAAUUUUUUCAUGUGCGAAUAUCGUGGGUCUUCUGCUUCAUUCGUUGAUGGAGCACGCUCAGAGGAGGGCGUUUUUGGAUACGAGAAACUGCAUCGCUGCCCGUCUUGAAAUGGAGGAUGAAAAUGAAAAACUUGAACGACUCCUCUUGUCUGUUCUUCCGCAGCACGUCGCAAUGGAAAUGAAAGCGGACAUAAUGUCCCCUGUAGAAGGCCAGUUUCACAAAAUCUACAUCCAAAGACAUGAAAAUGUCAGCAUCCUGUUUGCUGACAUUGUCGGUUUUACUGUUCUGGCUUCUCAAUGCUCGGCCCAGGAGCUUGUGAGGCUUCUCAAUGAACUUUUUGGAAGGUUCGACCAACUUGCAAAUGACAAUCACUGUUUGCGAAUAAAGAUCCUUGGUGAUUGUUAUUAUUGUGUCUCGGGUCUUCCAGAGCCUAGGUCAGACCAUGCAAAAUGCACCGUUGAAAUGGGGCUUGAUAUGAUCGAUGCAAUCGCAUCGGUCGUCGAGGCAACAGAUGUUCAGUUGAACAUGAGGGUCGGAAUACACUCCGGCAGGGUUCUUUGUGGAGUGUUGGGCCUUAGGAAAUGGCAGUACGAUGUAUGGUCAAACGAUGUGACCCUGGCCAACAAUAUGGAAGCUGGUGGCGAACCAGGUCGUGUUCACAUUACGCAAUCGACUCUGGACUAUCUUGGAGGUGAGUAUGAAGUAGAAGCCGGCCACGGAGGGACAAGAAACCAGUACCUCAGGGAUCAUGGAAUCACCACUUAUUUCAUCGUCCCUCCAGUCAGAAGAAGAAAACCAUUGCUUUUUAACACUCUUCAAGUCAGAUCUGCAUUGGGCGCUCAACGGCGAAAAUUGAGCUUUAAGAAUGUCUCAAAUGUCGUAGUUCAGCUGCUCCAUUCCAUUAAAUAUUCAAUGGAAGUGCCAUUUUCAAACAUGGCUUCACCUGCCGAGCACAAAGCUUCAACGGCUCGAAAGGAUGCGGUAAGUGACUACAACCACCGAGGAAAAAAUGUUGAUCCAAACUUCAGUAAAGUCUUGGAUUUGCGGAGGGCCCUCCAUGCCGAACCUGGUUCGAGGCCUUUCAACCCUGCAGAUCUCAACAUCAGAAACGUCAGCCACAAGAACAAAGUCACUGACAAGUUUAAAAGGCCGUUUAAGAAAAGGCAUUCCAGCGUCUAUCAUCAACCUCAGAAUAGGGUCAACAAGUAUCUUACUCAGGCGAUAGAAGCGAGGAGUGUUGAUCGAGAAAAGUCCGAACAUGUCAAUUUGAUCACACUCGCUUUCCGAGAUUCUGACAAAGAGAAUCGGUAUCAAGCGGACAACGAUGUCGGAUACAGCACUUCGCUAGCUUGUAGCUUAGUCCUGUUACUCUUGAUCGGAGGCUUGCAAGCGGCAAUACUUCCAAGAACAAUAAUAUUAUUACUUUUAUUUCUAACAGCGUUUGUUUGGAUUGCAGUUGUUUUAAUGCUGCUAUUAGCAGUUAGGUUAAGAUGGAUAUUAUGGGACAUUUCUCAAAGUUUUGUCCUUAGAUUAGCAAUAACAGUUUUUACUAUAGUCCUCAUAUACACAGUUGCUCAAGUCAAUGUGUUUACAUGCAGAGUUGAAGUCAAUUGUCCACCUGUGAAUGCGACUGCAGGUUGGUCAGACCACAGGCUCUGCCCUCUUCCUCAUUACAUAGCAAUAUCUUGCUGUCUCGGUUACCUGUCAGUCGCGAUCUUCCUCAGACUUCCGACAUUGAUCAAAUGCUCUCUUCUCCUGCUCAUGGCCACAGUUUACACCCUACUCAUAGAAAUAUCACACAAACCGAUAUUUUCUUGCUACGACCACAGAGUCCAAGCUGCAGUUCCUUCACAUGUCGUGAGCAUUGUUUAUAUCAUGAUGUUCUUACUGGCUGUAGCUAUACAUGGACGGCAUGUUGAGUGGACAGCCCGGCUUGAUUUCUUAUGGCAAAUACAGGCCAAUGAGGAAAAGAGAGAUAUGGAUGCAUUACAGCACUCAAACAAAAGAAUUUUAUUCAAUCUUCUACCUGCUCAUGUUGCAACGCAUUUUCUGGAUAAUCAGUUUAGAAGUAACAUGAGCACUGUUUCACAGGAACUCUACCACCAGAGUUAUUCGAGGGUCGGCGUCGUAUUUGCCUCGAUUACAAACUAUCACGAGUUCUACAUGGAACUGGAAGGGAAUAAUCAAGGGGUUGAAUGUCUUAGGUUGCUCAAUGAGAUUAUUGCCGAUUUUGACGAGCUGUUGGGAGAUGACAGGUUUAGGUGUAUUGACAAAAUCAAAACCGUUGGCUCGACCUAUAUGGCUGCAGUCGGCCUGAUGCCUGAUCACCGUAUAAUAGAAAACGACGACCACAGUGCAAGCCUCUACAUGAGUCAUCUCGUUGAAUUCGUAUUCGCCAUGAGAGACAAGCUUGUCUGCAUUAAUGACAAUUCUUACAAUAAUUUCAUGCUUAGAGUUGGGAUCAACAUUGGUCCUGUAGUAGCUGGAGUCAUAGGAGCUAGAAAACCUCAAUAUGAUAUUUGGGGGAAUACGGUUAAUGUUGCAAGUAGAAUGGAUUCAACGGGUCUUCCCAAUCACACACAGGUGACAGAAGAAGUUUUUCAAGUUUUGAGAAAUCACCCUUACGAGUUUCAAUGUAGAGGUAAAGUGAAAGUGAAAGGAAAAGGAGAAAUGACCACCUAUUUUUUGACGGAUAGGAAACAACCGGGUACUAUUAGAGUAGAAGAACUUUCGAGCAUCAGAGCCGGUGGAAUGAGCAAUAUGUACGGAGGUGUUGCAACACCUUUAGCAUUCCUUCAGCAAAUACCAGAUCGAAGUAAACUUUUGAGAGUUGCUCCAAGACCUUUGGGCCCUUCACCACAACCUCAAGCUGACGAGCCUUUGUUGCCUGUUCAACCUCCACCAGUACCUGCUAGAAAUAACUCAAGGUACACGCCGCCUUGGCCUAGAAUGGCGCCUAGUUCAAGUAUACUUCCUCCACCACCGACAGAACCGCCUUUGCCACCACCAUCACAGUGUGUAAAACCUUACAUGAAGCCACUUCCUAAACCUCCGACUAAACCGAAACAAUGGACACAUUUGCAAAGGCACUAUAGUGACGAGAGUUUAAAUUCAGGAGUCCCUUAUUUAAGCCAGGCUCGAGUCCAUUCUUCGGCCGAUGAGAUCAGCUCUCUUAAUCACUCACCGAGUAUCAGUUCUUCGGAUGAAAGCUACUCUAAAACAACUGAUGCCAGUCCAAGCCCAUCACCACCGCUUCUGUCGAUUCCAGACACGAAGCAAUAUCUCUACCCGUCUGACAUUCAAGUAAAUCCUUGUUCAUCACCUGAAACGUCACCAAAGACAUCGCACGACUACAUCCCUCCUUGUUUCCUUGCAAACAACAACCCAGAGAGUCUAAAUUCAUCGCGAAGUUUUUCACCAGCCAAAAAUGGAAAUAACAACCGUGGCAAUAGCAGAGGUGCAAAAGCGCGAGAGUCCCCAAGAAAUUUCAAAACGGGCUCGAGCUCAAGUUCGAGGAAAACAAAUUCUGAAAAAGCGGUCUCAGCGCCUCUACCUUCUACGGUACAGAGUGAGACUUGUGCCAGUUUUGAGUUUUCAAGGAAGAGGAUUAAGAAGAAUAACUCUUUGGAGAAAAGCUCACCGAGAUCUGAUUCCUCGAAAAAAGACAACUCUUCUCAAACAGACUUAAAAAUGUCAACACCUGAAAGUGAGCAAGAUUUUGAGAAACAAAUCAGAAAACUCAUCGAAGAACAGCAAGAACUCACUGAACUGAGACAGCUUCAAAAGACAGUCGAAAGGCAUGAUGUAACACCAAGGUAUGUACAACAGAACACUGUGGCCCAAAUCAUCGAUCUUGCAGCAAAACAACAACACCUUUUAGGCAUUUCACACACAAUCCAUAAUAUUGAUGAAGAAGCUGUAAAUGCUGAUGGAGUCGCACAGACAGAUCCUGUAAGCGAGGAGGAAGAAUGGAAACAGACCACCACUUUUGAGGAAGAAGAAAAACGGAUAGCCGAGGAAGUACUCAAACAGGAAGAUGAAGUGAGAAGGCUGCUCGCUGAAGAAAGUCAAGCAAGAGCGGAACAGAGUGAAUGGAGCGAUGAAGAAGCAGCAUCAGAGCCCCUACUCGGUGACAGAGAAAGUACGGGGUACACAACUGAUGACCCUGCUCUUGAGAAUAUAUCCAUGAUUCACGAGACUGGAUUAACAGAUGCGGAAGGAGCACUUAGCGAUGUUAACUCCGUGUUUGAAGGAGGUAUUCAUGAUGAAGGCGAUAACACUUCCUUGUCUUCAAGGGCUUCAUCUCGCCUCCUUGACUCAGACGCUGUUCUCAGUUUAGAUUCUCUUAGCGCUCUUUAUGACUCCGAGUACGACACUUGUUAUCCUGAUGACUACAGGUACUACAACAGAGAUAUCACCCCAGACAUAACGAAUCUAGCGAAUAUAAGGAGUGUGUCUGAGAGCAUCACGAGAAAUUUUGGCCAGCCGAGAUCGGAAACGGACUCAGAUAUUUAAAAUUGAACUUUUGAAAAGUUUGUAGUUUUUAUACCGGCAAUUAUUUCGUUCGUUGAACUUAGUUUAACACCGAAUAUGUAAUUGGAGUGAAAAGCCGAUUAAUUGGUAAUGAAGUAGGAGUUUCUGUUGAAAACAAUUCGUGGAAGUUUAGUUUCCUCUUCCGUUUUGUGGAAAAGUGUACUUAAUUUUAUACAUAUAGUUUAAAAUGCUUUUAUGGCCUAAUUUAUGUUUACAUCACAGUUAUAUUUAUUUUUAUAUGUUUGUUUUUUAACAUACUUAAUUAUCUAAAUAGUAUAAUUUUCUGGUGCUUUCAUUAUUAUCAUUUAUAAAAUGUAAAUAGAAUGCUUUUGUAAAUAGUAUGUAAAUGGCAAAGCUAUAAAGCUCAGAAUAUUUACCUUGUUUGAUGUUUUUCAUUAAAAAAAUUGUUAAUAUAUAUAUUAAUUAUUAAAUGAAUCAUAAUUUUGAUUUGUAGCACUUAAAAUUUUACAAUACUUUAAUUAUAUAACUUCAGAACAUCAGUUGUGUUAUGUGCAAUUUCACAAAAAAAAAUAUAUAUAUAUGAGUGCCAGCUUUCUAGCUGUGUUGCUUCACUUGUGAUAUUCUGUGAAACUGGUAACUAGAUCUGUUUUGGAAAGGAAAUCAGGUGCCAAUGUAUACACUACUGUUUGUUAACAAAAAUCAAAUUAUUGUCUUUUUCUAUCUUCAUUCCUCGUUAGAGGUCACGUUACGUGUCAUAGAUGUUUAUAAUUAAAAUAAAAUUAAACUAAAAAUAAAAUAGACUAUAUAAAUUGAAAGUUAUUAAUUAAAUAUUAAUAAAAGAUAAAAGUAUUUUAUGAACUGAUAGUUCUUAUUUGGGACUGUAUUCACUUUAGAUCCAAUUGAAGCCCAAAAGGGAAAACACGAUUACAAUUCUGUUACAUCUUGAAAUAAAAAGGUUUUUUUUAGUUAA